UGCACUACGCCCACACUACCUCAGAUCCUCCACCAACUCUCCACUAACGCCUUUCUCUCUUUCGACCACCCAAGAUUCCCAAUUCUCUCCAUGUUCCAAGACUGUACAACACUUUGAACCCCGUCAACCACCAUCGUCAUCAUCAUCAUCACUGUUGCCAGAACGAUAGCCUCUAAACUGGCUGUCACCCCUUCUGCCUCCUCCUCGUCUCUGAUCAAUUUGACGGCCUCCGAAUCUUGUCCAGUCUUCUCUGGCCUGCCAUCGGCAUGGCGUCCAAUCUGAUGUCAUCAUGGAAGACCUUUUGGCAUACCAUGACUUCCUAUGACCGCCAUGCUUCCCACGAUUCUCCUUACCGUACAGGACAGCACGUUCCGCUCGCGCAGAGCCGUCAUGCUCCGCUUACUUCUGUUGCUACGAGUGCCAUUGAGUCGCGGGCCGACCUGAACUCUCCCUAUCCGGAUGAUAACAUGCGCGCCGCUCCAUCGGCCACGCCUUUUUACGGCGCCAGCAAUGGCUUUGCGCCUACGUCAAGCUCUCCCUAUUCGCCUGGCAUGCGAUCCAGCAGCGCGACUCAGCUAAAAGGGGCUGAGACUCUUGACGGCGCUGCCACCGGCGAGAUUCCAAUGCAAAACUUUCAGGACGGUUUGCCCCCGCCUCCUCCUGUCACCCACUCGUGGAGGCGUAUCGAUCGUUGGGUCGAAGACAACUAUCAGGAGCUUUUCGAUCAGGUCUGUGAAGGCUGCACCCAAAACGAUCUCAACGAACUCGAACACGAACUGGACUGCUCGCUUCCCAUGGAUGUGCGCGAAUCACUUCAGAUCCACGACGGCCAGGAACGUGGAGGUAUGCCCACUGGUCUCUUGUUUGGCUGCAUGCUGCUUGACUGCGAAGAGAUUGUCCACGAAUGGCGUAACUGGCGCACUGUGGCCGACGAGUUUCUUUCGUCUGCACCGUACCGGCACCCACAGCCUCCCGUCAAGGCUUUUGGCGGAGCGUCGUCUUCUUCCUCGUCCCAGGCACCCGUGCAACAGGGCCCCAACCCGCUCUGGCGCCAGGAGCUGCUUGAGAAGCAGGACUCGCAGCCCCCGCGUGCCGUCCAGAAGGCCUAUGUCCAUCCGGCUUGGAUCCCGCUGGCUCGGGACUGGGGUGGAAACAAUAUCGCCGUCGAUCUUGCGCCUGGGCCCGCUGGCCAAUGGGGUCAGAUCAUCAUCUUUGGCCGCGACUACGACUGCAAAUACGUCAUCGCCCGCUCUUGGGCUGCCUUCCUAGCCAUGGUCGCCGACGACUUGGGCAGCGAGAAGGUUUUCGUGCACGAAGAAACGCAGGAACUCAAGCUUCGCGAGUUUGACCGACCCGGUGUUGAACCUGCCUAUCUCGAUAUCUUGCGCUGGCGUGUAGAUCAAAAGCAUGGCCGUCGUCCGCCUCCCUCCAAGCGCCGCGCUGGUCCGCCCGUGAAUACCCAAAAUGGUGGUGUGCCGCACAAUGGGCCUUCCCCUUAUGGCAGCCCUACCAUGUCAGCGCGCAGUGACUCCCCACAGCGCUUCCCCAGCACGUCUUUGUCCGCCAUGAGCCCCAAGACUCAAGGUGCCCGAACCAGUCCGCUCGCCCGAGUCGCCGAAGAACUCCCCGCUCCUGUGACCGUGCAUACCGGUGGCAAUGCCAACGAUGACCCGACGGCCACCGAAACGGCCGCCAGUGAACGCGCCGGCAAGCUUGUUGAAAUUGCGACCCCACAACUUUCGGGCUCGGAUGCUGCAGAUGAUGAAGCGGCACUCAAAGGGCCCAAGGGUAUGACUGAACCAUCCGCCAACUCCCUCGCAAAUACGGACGACGAGACUCCGACCGUUGGAGAAGUCACCGGUCUGGGCGUACAGGGGGUGACUGAGCCGGCCAACUCCACCAAAGCUGAAGCCGAGGAGUUGAAGAAUGUAGAAAUAUGAUCCCUUGUACCUUGGUUCAUUUGAUCCUCCAAUACCUGUUCUGGCCUAUUUCCAUCUGGCAUGGAGAGCGCAAUGGUUUGGUGCGAGCUUGUUUGAAAGGCCAAAGGGGGAGGGAGGGGCGUCGUUUGCGUCUUUUGCUGAUCAAGGUUAAUUAGAUGGCCAUUAUUUUUUUUUUUUUUUUUCUGCUUGACUUGCCAGUCGAUCUGGACCCCCCAUGCA